ACACACUUCACUUCCAUUCCACUGACCAUGAGCCUGAAGCCAAGACUGUGUUAUAGUGGCCGCAGUCCCACCACUCCGCAUCGCUCCGUGCGAGUGUGCUUCGAGCGUGCCCUUUCGACGCAGGGCCGUAACAGGAACACCACACUACAAAGCAGUAAUGGAGAUGUCACGGGUCGGAGCACGGUGGAGGUACCGCUUCAAAACACAUCAACGACGACAUUGACACCACGACCUCUCAAGAGUCUGCCAUUGCCCGCUCUGCUCCGGACAUUCUUCCUAGGCAAGCUUUUCGCCAGUCCAGCUCUCUCCAGCCUGGGAAUGAACAUUCUAGGACGUAUCGCUCAUUCUCGAAGUCCGUUUCUUGAUCCCGACAGAAACAUUGCCUUGGGCAGCAUUCUUCGAGCUGUGGUGUACAAUCAAUUCUGUGGAGGUAACGAGAAACAGGAGAUUGUGCCCGUGCUCGACCGACUGAGGCAGGCAGGCUAUGCUGGCGUUAUCCUGCAAUGGGCUCGAGAGAUUGUUGCACAUGGUCGGGCCGAGACCGAUUUGAAAGUGGCUACUUCUGCUGAGCAGAUACAAACAUGGCUCGAUGGCAACCUCAAAGGGCUGUCCUUUGUCGGUCGGGAUGAUUACUAUGCCUUGAAGUACACGGGCGCUGGCAGCAGCAUUGCGGAAGCGCUCCGACAGGGCCAGGAUCCUCCGCCGCAGUUCAGAGAUGCACUUCACACCAUUCUUCGUGCCGCUCAAGCACAAGGCACUCGAAUCUUCCUCGAUGCCGAACAACAAGUCUUCCAAACCACAAUCGAUCGCUGGAGUGUCGAUCUGAUGCGACAGUACAAUGUGAAUGGCGAAGUAUUAGUGCUCAACACCUACCAAGCAUACCUCAAAGCAACGCGAGCCAUUCUCCGAAAUCAUCUCCAGCUCGCCCAACAAGAGGGCUGGGCACUCGGCGUCAAGCUCGUCCGAGGCGCGUACAUCCAGAACGACAUCCGCUCUCGCAUUCACGACACGAAAGCCGACACGGAUGCAUCGUACAAUGGCAUCGUACACUCCCUCCUCUCUCGAUCAUUCGACGACAUCAAACCCAACCACUUCCCCAAAGUCCGCACAUUCCUCGCCGGACACAAUGCCGAAUCCAUUUUCCGCGCAGCCCAACUCCACCAAACUCUCGUCCUGCAAGGCCACAAGCCCGACACAUUAGAAUUCGGCCAGCUGUACGGUAUGGCCGACCACAUCAGCGGUAUGUUAUUGCAACAGGUCGAAGACGCGAAGAAGGCGGCACAGGAGCUUUCGGGCGAAGCGGCAGAACUGCAGAGGCAAGCGGCUCCUCGCAUUAUGAAAUGUGUCAAUUGGGGCUCGGUGCGGGAGUGUUUACAUUUUCUCAUGCGAAGGGCUGCGGAGAAUCAAGGCUCGGCGGAUCGGCUGAGAGAUGGGUUUGUGGAGUCGAAGCGAGAGUUGUGGUUACGAUUCCGUGGACUGUAGCAUGAUUUAUUUGAUGAAGUUAUGAACAAGAUAAAUAUAUAUAUCUAUCAGUAUACGAGAUGACAUGACUGCG